CAUUAGGCAUCAACCUCCCAGCACGAACCAACCCAGUCCCUGCUACAUAUUCAGUUUUUGCAACCAAUCCUCGCCAACCAGACGCAAGCAUGAGGCCCCAGGUGCUGCUCGCCGCGCUGGCCAUCUUCGUCGUCCUUGCAGCUGCUCUGCCCGUCAUCCACGGCCAAGGUGCGACCCCAAGCGCGUCGCUGUGCUGCGACAACUGCGGCACCUGCACCAGGUCUAUCCCGCCCAGGUGCACGUGCAUGGACGCCUCGCCCAGCGGCUGCAACCUGGCCUGCAAGACCUGCGACAAGUCCACCAUCGCCGGCCGCGACAGCUUCCAGUGCAAGGACCGUGUCGCAAACUUCUGCCAGCGCAGCUGCACUAAGGCCACAUGAUUCAACCUGCUGUCGCCCGAAUAAUGCCGAUUAGCUUGUUCUUUUCCUUUGUUUUUUGCAGUAUUUAAGAGUUCCCUCUGCAUCUUGCUCUGGUAGAUGCAGAGAAGAAAUGAGAGUUGGAUGCAUGCUCGUUGUUCCUUCUUGUGUCUGAAAUAAAGAGCAUAUUCUUUGCUCAAAAUCUUCUUUGUUAAA